AUGAGCCGCUACAGCACCGCGGCUGCCGCCGACGCCGAGAUCACCAUGGCGCGCACCACCACCGGCUCAAGUUCCAUGCUUUGGCGCAUCUUGGCAUCAUUCAAGGACGACGACAACGACGCUGCGCUGCCCAUGGGCAACGUUGCCGGACAUCUCGACCGACGCCACGAUGGCUCCGUGUGCCAUCUAGAGCCAUUGCGCCUCGCCGCAUCACUGCGUUCUUUAUACCGAACGACAGCAUGGCGCCAGCCGUGCGCGAUGCCGGCCACGGCAAUGGACCAAACUGGCACACGCUUCAACACAACGGCCGCGACCGGUGCGUAG